GGAGUCAGGGUCGUUCGUUAUCUUUGGGCGGCGCUUAAGCUCCUUAUAAGUAGGGAUAGAGUAGCAGAGCAAAGUAUCCAAACCUAUUAAGCAUUCAUCCUUGACAACUUCAUCUGCUUCAUCUACUUCAGUGAGAGAGAGAGAGAGAGAAAUGGCGAUGAUGAUGAAUGCUGCUGCGUCUGUCAUUAAAACCUUCGCUUCUAUAUCACCUAUGACCAGAGCCCUUCAUGCAUCUCCUGGAAGCAAGAAAAUAGUUGGGGUUUUCUACAAGGCUAACGAGUAUGCCUCAAAGAAUCCCAACUUUGUGGGCUCUGUGGAGAGAGCUUUGGGCAUAAGAGAUUGGCUAGAAUCACAAGGCCAUCAGUACAUUGUCACUGAUGACAAAGAAGGGCCUGAUUGUGAACUUGAAAAGCAUAUUCCUGAUCUCCAUGUUCUAAUAUCAACCCCUUUCCACCCGGCGUAUGUAACAGCAGAGAGGAUAAAGAAAGCCAAAAAUUUACAACUUCUUUUAACUGCUGGAGUUGGAUCUGAUCACAUUGACCUACAAGCUGCAGCUGCUGCUGGUCUAACUGUUGCUGAAGUCACUGGAAGUAAUGUUGUUUCAGUGGCAGAAGAUGAGCUAAUGAGAAUCCUCAUCCUUGUACGGAAUUUUGUCGCUGGUCACAAUCAGGUGGUUAAUGGGGAUUGGAAUGUUGCUGGUAUUUCUUAUAGAUCAUAUGAACUUGAAGGGAAGACAGUAGGAACAGUUGGUGCAGGACGUAUUGGUAAGCUUUUGCUUCAAAGGUUGAAGCCUUUUAACUGUAAUCUCCUCUACCAUGAUCGGCUCAAGAUGGACUCAGAAAUGGAGGCUCAGACAGGGGCAAAGUUUGAGGAGGAUCUUGAUGCAAUGCUUCCAAAGUGUGAUGUUGUUGUCAUCAACAUGCCACUAACAGAGAAAACAAAAGGGAUGUUUAACAAAGAAAAGAUUGCAAAGUUGAAAAAGGGAGUUCUAAUUGUGAAUAAUGCUAGAGGGGCAAUUAUGGAUACUGAAGCAGUUGCUGAAGCAUGUUCCAGUGGACAAAUUGGUGGUUAUAGUGGUGAUGUGUGGUAUCCACAACCAGCUCCCAAGGAUCAUAUAUGGAGAUACAUGCCAAACCAGGCAAUGACACCUCAUAUUUCUGGUACCACAAUUGAUGCUCAGUUGAGGUAUGCAGCUGGAACAAAGGACAUGCUGGACAGGUACUUUAAGGGAGAAGACUUCCCUGCACAAAAUUACAUUGUUAAGGAGGGUAAAAUUGCUAGCCAGUAUCAGUGAUUCUGCGCUUCCUCCAAUAUGUGGAUUGCCUUCUACUUGAGAGUCUUUCAGAAUAAUGUAGCUGAGAAGAAACCAUUGUGACUGAUUUCCAUAUUCGGCAUAAAAAAUGCUUUUUCCCAUUGAUUUUGUUUAAUCUUUUCAUUUCAUUUGCUGUAUGAGCUUUGAGGAUUAAUAAAUUUGGGUUUCAGCA